AUGUUGUCUCAUCAUGUUUUGUAUCUCGUUUUUUCCGUUAUAUAUUUCACAAAUGGUCAAUCAACAAUUAGAAUCGGAAUUAUCGAUGAUAAUUACAAUCGCGCCGAUUUUGCUACUAUAAAAGUGCCACAUGUAACUUUUUGUGGUCGUAAAGGUUUAAAUUUCGAAUUACAUUGGUUAAAUACAUUAGAUUCUUUACCUAAUCUUAUAAAUAAACUUGACAUAGAACAAAAUUUAACAAAUAUUUAUUUAGCAUAUACAAUCAAAUUUCAUACAGACUUAAUUCGUAGCUUUUCUCAAACCAAUAAUAUUCCAUUUAUUAAUAUGAAACCAUUCGGAAGUAAAAUAAUGGCAUGCUCAAUAACAACAUCAACUUCUCAAGAAUAUUUCAUUAUGCCUGAUAUUCUUCGAAUAUUACUUAGCUAUCUAAAAUAUAAUCGUGUAAAUAAAGCAGUAUAUAUUUAUGAUAAUGAUGAAUCUACCUAUAGAAUUUAUGAAUUACUUGAAUUAAUGAAUAAAGAUGAAUAUUAUAAUAAUUUUACAUUGGAUCUUCGAACGACAAGUUAUGAAAAUGUUUAUUCAAUUCUAUAUAAUAUUGAAUCAAAUUCGUUACAGAAAGAUCAAUUAUCAAACUAUAUUUUGCUUGAUCUUCAUUCGUAUGAUGAAUAUGAAAACAUGCUUCAUAAAAUUUCACAUAUGGGACUUACAAGUGAUUCUUAUCAGUAUAUAAUUAUAUCGACUCUUAAUGCUUGUCCAUGGAUGGCUAAGCUAAAUUUUUUUGGUAAAUUAGUUUUUUUUGAUUAUCAAAAUGAUACCUGUACUAUUAAUUAUCAACAGUCAUUGAAGUUCAAUCAAAAUUCAUUUGCACUUCGGAAUUUGAAACGUUAUGAAUCUUACUACCGAACAACACUAUCAUUUCGUGAUAAUUUUAACUCGUAUAAACUAUUAAAUUCUACUCAGGUUUCAAUAGAAAAUUCUUCGUCGUUAUUACUCAAUGAUAUUAAUUCAAAAACAAAUCAAUGCCAAAAUAAAACAAAUGCGAGUGAUAAAUAUUUUUCAUAUUCCUAUUUUAAUUCUCAACUGCCUAAAUCGUUGAAAAUGAAUGCAAAUUCAAUAUUUGACGGAUUGAAUUUCAUUGUUCGACUUCUGACUUUAAAUAUAAUUGAUUGUAAAACGUAUCGUUUGAAACAAAUUAAAAAAAAAUUUACCUAUUGUAAUACUGCUUAUGUGAAUGUUUUUUCAACACAAAAAUCUUCGUUAGAUAACAUUAAAAAACAAAUUCAACUUAUUGGACGUUAUUCAACUAUGAAUGAUGAGUAUCAAGCAUGUUGCUUAGAUGAAAAUGAAAAUUUAUCUUCAACAAAAAAACAGCUAUCAUCAAAAAUCUACUAUAUAACCAAUGUAUUCGAUGAACCUUUCCUUAUGCUACGUAAACGAACUCCAUUACAUCAAAAAUAUAGUCAACGACAAGCUAAUUUGAAUGAAUUACAAGGUCGUACUUUUGGUUUUGAUCAAGUAGAAGGUUAUUGUGUUGAUUUGGCAGAAAAAGUUUGCUCAAUUUUAAAUAUAACUUGUCAAUUUCGUAUUGCUGAAGAUGGCCGUUUUGGAAGUAAAAACAAAACAACAGGCAUUUGGGAUGGAAUGGUUGGUGAUAUCGUAUCUCGAAAAGCUGACAUGGCUAUUGCUCCAUUAACUAUUAGUCAAAUCCGUAUGGAAGCUGUUGAUUUUAGUAAACCAUUUAUGAAUUUAGGUAUAUCUAUUAUGAUUAGUAAACCCGAUGCACAAAAACCAGGUGUUUUCUCAUUUAUGCAUCCAGUUUCAAUGGAAAUAUGGUUAUGCUUAUCAUUAGCAUAUUUUGCUGUCAGUGUUGUUCUUUUUUUAACAUCACGCGUUAUUAAUUCAGGUUGGCAACGACGUGUCGUACAGCGUCCAUCCUAUCGUUCAUUUUCGUAUCCAAAAAGUGUCAACGACCGACGUAAAAGUUUGAUGGAGUUGCAACGUCAAAAGCGUAUUACUAAUUUUUCCGAAACCAUAAACGACUUACCAGUAACAUCGAGACCAUCAAUAAAUUGUCGAGCACGCUAUCGUACAAGGCCGCAAACGCAAACGCAAACUCUAACUAAGCCGAAUACGAAUGCGCAUAAAAGAAAAAUUCAACCCAAGAACAAUAAUGUUCAUUUAUUUGGUAUUUCUAAUGCAUUGUUUUUUACAUUUGCUUCAUUUAUGAGACAAUCAAUUAAUCUGGCACCAAAGUCAUCAUCAGGUCGCAUAGCAGCUAUAUCAUGGUGGUAUUUUUCAUUGAUAUUUGUUUCAUCAUAUACAGCUAAUCUUGUUGCAUUUUUAACGGUGGAAAAAUUAGUAGCGCCCAUUGAAACUGUUGAAGAUCUUGCUAAACAACAAGAAAUAAAAUAUGGUUCAGUGAAAAAUGGAACAACAUCAGCGUUUUUUGAAAAGUCUUAUGUACCUGUUUUUCAAAGUAUGUGGGCAGCAAUGCAAAAAUGCUCGUCAGAAGUAUUCGUUGCCACUAAUGAUGAAGGCGUAGCUAAAGUACGAAGUUCAAAGGGAAAAUAUGCUUUUUUUAUUGAAUCAACAAAAAAUGAAUAUGUUAAUGAACGAUACCCAUGUGAUACGAUGAAAGUUGGCUCUGAUCUUGAUUCAAAAGGUUAUGGCAUUGCAACAAGAUUAGGUUCUGAUUUAACUGAAGCAGUAGAUAUAAUUGUUACUAGUUUAAGAGAAUCAGGAUUUUUGGAUAAACUUAAACAACGUUGGUGGUAUGACGUUUCGGAAUGUUCACAAACUAGCAAAGAUAAACGUUUUAGUGAACUAAGCCUUUCAAGUGUAACUGGCCUUUUCUACAUAUUUCUAUUUGGUAUUAUUCUAUCAUGUCUUACUGCGUUUACAGAAUUUCUGAUAACAGCUAAACAUGAUUCGGAAGCAUUGAGAAUUGAUUUUCGAGAAAUUCUUCGAAUAAAAAUGAUCGAAAAUAUGAUUGGCAUUACGAUUAAUAAACAGCGGCAACUUGAAUAUGAACAUAUCGACCACGCAUUCAACUAUCAAUAUUACAAUGAAGAGGAUGAAAUAAUCAAGCAAUACACAGAUUAUCAGUUACAAAAAACACAAAGUGAUGUUUAA